AAACACAAGUAGUUCCUCUAAGUGUUCUCCUCCUUUUUCUCUUUGAGUUCUUCUCUUAAUUCUCCAAACAUCAUUAAUAAAAGUGAAAUUAUGGAAAAUAAAGGAGGAUGUUUAAGCAGUUUCUUCCAAAGUGCAAAGCCUUACAUAGCAAUGAUCUCUUUGCAAUUUGGUUAUGCUGGGAUGAAUGUUAUAACCAAAGUUUCCCUUAACGGAGGAAUGAGUCAUUAUGUUUUGGUUGUUUACAGACAUGCCUUUGCUACUUUAGCUAUUGCUCCUUUUGCUCUUGUUCUUGAAAGAAAACUCAGACCAAAGAUGACUUUCAUGAUGUUCUUGCAAAUAUUUGUAUUGGGUCUUCUAGGGCCAGUGAUUGAUCAAAACUUCUACUAUGCUGGACUUAAGUUUACAUCUCCAACAUUCUCAUGUGCCAUGAGCAACAUGCUUCCUGCAAUGACAUUUGUCAUGGCUGUCCUUUGCAGAAUGGAGAAGGUGCAUAUUAAAAAGUUGAGAUGCCAAGCAAAGGUGAUAGGUACAAUUGUGACAGUGGCUGGAGCCAUGUUAAUGACAUUGUACAAAGGACAUGUUAUUAAUUUGGUAUGGUCAAAUAAUGUUCACACAAAUACUUCUAAUGUUCCUCAAGCCAAUGAAGCAACUGAUAAAGAUUGGUUCAAAGGUUCAAUGCUUCUCAUUGGAGCCACUUUUGCCUGGGCUUCUUUCUUUAUACUUCAGGCAAUUACAAUGAGGAAGUACACUGCUCCUCUGUCUCUAACUACACUUGUUUGCUUCAUGGGAACUCUACAAUCUAUUGCUGUCACCUUAGUGAUGGAGCACAAACCCUCUGCUUGGGCUAUUGGUUUUGACAUGAACCUUCUUGCUGCUGCCUAUGCUGGUAUUGUAUCAUCAAGCCUUGCAUACUAUGUUCAAGGUCUUGUAAUGGAGAAAAGAGGGCCUGUCUUUGUGACUGCUUUUAGUCCCUUGAUGAUGAUCAUUGUUGCCAUCAUGGGCUCUUUCAUUCUUGCUGAGAAAAUCUAUCUUGGAGGUGUGCUUGGAGCAGUGCUAAUUGUAGCCGGGCUAUAUUCAGUUUUAUGGGGAAAAUACAAGGAGUACCAAGAGAAGGAAAUUGAGGGUGCAAUUCUUGAAUCAGUGAAGGGAGUUACAGAGAAUAACCAAAUGAUGACGUUAGAAGACAAAGUAAAUGACAUAGAAAUGCAAAAAAGUGAGGUAGCCAUUGGUGUUCCAAUGUCACAGCCCCCCAUGUUGGCAAAGGAAGCUCCAAAAGCUUGAUUUAAGAAAAA